GUUGGGUGGAGGUUGUAUGUUCUGCUGCCUCUACACUUCUCUGUGCUCCACUUUCAGGGUCAAAGGUGACUUUUGUCCUCGUCACCACGUCUAUGACGUGGACUGAAGCCCAGAGAUACUGCAGAGCUCACCACACCGACCUGGCCAGCGUGAGGAACUCGAUCGACAACACGAUGAUACAGGAUCUGAUCAGUGGAGAACAAAGAGCCUGGAUCGGACUCAACAGGGACCCCUGGAAGUGGUCUGAUGGAACCAACUCCUCAUUCAGCUUCUGGAAGACCGGGCAACCUGACAUCAACAUCAACAACACCAACAACAUCAACACCACCAACACCAACACCACCAACACCAACACCACCACUACCACCACCAACACCACCCCCACCACCACCAACACCAACACCAGCACCACCACACCACAACUGGUUCCUGUUAUAAAGAAAGUGAUGAAAGUGAAGUUUGAGACCAAGGAGAACCUGGACCUGAAUGACCCUGCUGUGCUGGCGGCCAUGUUGGAUCAGAUCCAACAGAAGCUGAGGGACCAGGUUCUGGACAAAAACAUCAAGCUGAGCUGGAGGAAGCAGGACGAUGGAGACGUCUUCCACCAGGAGGAAGAGGAGGAAGAGGAGAAGGAGGGAUGA